CCACAAGAGUAUGGUAUAGUGGUAUACCUUUUUUCCCUUUCCAUUUCGCUUGUGUUGUGCUGAGGAUAGCCACAGCCCCAGAAAUAGAAACCAUUAACUCACCACAACCACCAUGUUCUGAACUCUGCAACCCCCAACCAAGUUAAUGCAAGUGCGAACCAUGUCAACCACCAUGGCCUCGUUCUCUCCCCCCACUCACCUCUCCGCCACCGCUCCUUCCUCCCACUCCAAACCCCGCCUCAACAAGACCAACCUCUUCUUCUCUCUCCGCCCCAAGACCCUUGCUUUCUCUCCCUUGAAGGCCGCCGCUGAGAACGGCCUCGGGACCGCCGUGGAACCGCCGCCGGAGCAGGCCGUGCCGGAGCCUUCCCCGCCGCUCGAGGAUGCCUCUGUGGGGACCAAUGGGGCUGCUGCGGCUCUGACUGAGGAAGUGAAGGUUCUUAGUGGCUUCGUGGAUCCGAGGUGGGUUGGAGGAACAUGGGACUUGAAGCAGUUUAAGAAAAAUGGCACCACUGAUUGGGAUGCUGUUAUUGAUGCUGAGGCUAGGAGGAGAAAAUGGCUUGAGGAUAACCCAGAAUCAUCCAGCAACGAAAGUCCUGUAGUUUUUGACACCUCCAUCAUACCUUGGUGGGCAUGGAUGAAGAGGUUCCAUCUCCCUGAAGCUGAACUGCUCAAUGGGCGAGCCGCAAUGAUAGGGUUCUUUAUGGCGUAUUUCGUUGAUAGCUUGACAGGAGUAGGUCUAGUUGAUCAAAUGAGCAACUUCUUUUGCAAAACCCUGCUGUUCGUUGCAGUGGCGGGAGUACUUCUUAUCCGAAAGAACGAGGACCUUGACAACCUUAAGAAGCUAUUUGACGAGACCACAUUAUAUGACAAACAAUGGCAAGCAACUUGGCAGGAUGAGAAUUCUAGCACUUCCAAAAAUGAGUAAUGGAAUUGCUGUUUUGUAGUUCUUCCUCCCCUUUUCUGUCUCUUAAUACAGUUCACUUUUAAUCUUGUUAGAACAAAACAAGACAUGGAUAUGAAUUAGACAUUGUAUUUCAAUUCGUUCUCUCGGGUGUGUGUGUGUGUUUGCAAUGAAGGAUUUUUCACGAGA